AAAAUAUACACUCAUCACAAGUUUAAUUAUAACAUUGAAGAAAUUAUUUAGCUGGUGAAUUUGCAAUCAGGCGACCAAGAUUUUCCUUUAAACUUUAUGACAAGAGAUGGUUGAUGGAUGACAAACUACUAAAGCACAACAUUACUUGUAAAUUAAGAAGAAGAACACAGAGAUUGUAAAAAUGUUUAAAAAGAUUUCAGCAUCAUUCUGGCAGCUGAGUAAUUGGACAAAUCAGAACAAAAUAUUUUCCUUUAUUCUUAUUGUUGGUGGCGGCUCCAUUUUAACACUACCAUAUGCUUAUUACAAGUACAUGCAACUGAGCACUGGACAACAGAGAAGUGCUGAAAGACUAAGACAAAUGAAGAAAUUAAAUAAAACAAAGAAACAAGAAUCAGAGAGUUAGAAUAGAAAUAAUGAGGUACUUGCUAAAAUAAUUAUGGACCAAUCAGUUGGAACUUUACAAUUACAGAACCUUGUGAGUCCUGAUAUAGUAGAUGCCCUUAAUUUAUUCCUGAAGAUAACAGCAUCAUGUCGUAAAGGAUGUAUCCAGAUGGUUCAGAAUUCUGUUGGAGGUCAUCUAACUAUGACCUCUACCUCUUGUCGUCUGCUACAGUCAUUGUCUGUGUCUAAACCUGUUAUUCGACUCAUUGUAACAGCCGUUCAAGGUCAUCUUCAACACUUUUCCGAUGGAGGACAUUUUGUUUCUAUGUUACCUGUUUUAUUAUUGACUAAGUCGAUGAAUCUUAACGUCACCAAUUCUUACUUAACAGAGUUAUAUGACAGAUUUUUAACAAUAGUUGUUGAAGACAUUACUGCUGAAUCUUCAAAAAUGAAUAUAGAUAUUUCCAGUCUUAAUCAAAUGACUAAUUUUGUUAAAACUAUAAUUGGUAGAAAACCAUUGUGUAAACUGAAUUCAUAUGAUUUAGAUAACUUUUCUAAGCUUCUGGUCCAAGUUUUUGCAAGUUAUCUCCCUUGUGAGGGAAGGUCUGGUAGCUGGGAAGAGAACAUAUAUUUAAUUCCAGUUGAAGGACUUCCUGUUUCUGAUUCUAAAUUAUAUCAAGGAUUGCUAUUACAAGGUUAUCAACUUCCUCUGGCCGCUUUAAACAAUGUAAAAAAAGUAAACAAUCGGAUCAAUGUUGCCAUGGUAACCAUUUCCAUGACAGGUGAUUCAGAAGAAAUUAUGGAUGCAGAAUAUGAAGUUUUUAAUGAGCUGUCAGAAGAAAAAACAGUUUUAAGUAGAAUAAUGAAGUUUUGUGACAGAUGUGCAGAAUUGAAUGUUGGAGUCCUUUUCUGUCAGAAAGUUAUUCAUCCUUCAGUGAAAAGUUACCUUUAUAAACAGAAUAUUUUACCUGUAGAACGUCUUGGUUCACAGAUGAUUCCAUUCAUACUGAAAUUAACAGGAGCACAAUCUUUGAGAAGUUUUACUGUAAUAGCAUCAGAUAUUGGACACCUAGAUUCUAUAGAACAUCAAAAUAUCAACAAAAAGAGUUAUCUUUCCCUGAAGAGACAGGAAUCUCCUGUUGGAACAUUAAGGUUAACCAGUGAUCAUGAAGAAUCAGUACAGGAAUUAAAGGCAGUAUGUUCAAGUGCGCUACAUUCCAUGGAGAGAUUAGCUUUCUCAUCAUAUGUACUUCCUGGAGGAGGAUGCUGGGAAAUGAAGACAUGUUUCAAUCUCAGGAAAAAAGUGCUGUCUGAAAUGCCAAGUCUUGUUGAAGAGUUUUAUUGUACAAGGUCUGCUAUAUUAUCAGCAUUAGAUGUGGUUUGUAAAAGUUUACAGAAUAUUGCAAAAACUGUUGUCAAGGACUCGGAAGAUGGCAAGACUGAUUGUACCUACCAUCAUUUUUGGAAAGUUCCAAAGGAAGUUGAAGAAGGGGAGGUAAUUUGCAGUUGUGGAAUAUAUAGUUUGGAAACUACAGAACUGGUAGACUUAGACAAUGAGGAUCUUGGUAACCCAGUGAAUACUAAACUACAAGAAGAUUACAACACUUCAGUGAUGAAGAGAACUAUAGUGAUAGAUCAGUUAGACAUGUGUGUCAAUUCUGUGAACACUUCUUUACUCACUGCUAAUGCAUUACUAACUACUAACUUGUUCAUUUGUGAUUCUUAAUACAGGCAGUGGACAAUAGUCUUUAGUCAGAUAUCUUCUGGUUGUAAAAAAUGGUUAUUUUUUCUCACAAAAUCAUGAAAGUAAUUUG